CGACUCCAACUCCACAACCAAUCUCCGAUACACAUAUACUGAAUACCUAAAAUCUGCAUCUUGAUCCAUCUAUCUCUUCAACCCAAUUAACCCAGGCGAAACCAGAACAAACCAAACAAUCACGGCCUGAAUCGAAUUGGACCGGAACCUUCUGCUCUCAAAUCCUCUCGACUUCCCGAAAUACCUAGAUCGUCCACGAACAACCUACUCACCUCGCAAAAGAAGCCGUUCUAAUCUUGUUAGGACCAUUUCACCAUGGCGGAAUCCAUGUGGGCACCCUCGAACCGAGCCAAACUCGGUGCCGCUAGCUCUACCGGCUCGGCCUCCUCUUCCUCCGAAAAGACCUCUAAACCCCUCACCUCGAAAAUCGCAUCCUCCUCCUCUUCUUCUUCCAAACCUGCAGGAACAGCUUCGACGAGACCUCCUCCCGUACCACGAUCUGCUAGUGGAAAACACGACCUCCCGCCUCACCAGACGCACUCUCGAGGAUCGUCUGCCGCUGGUCAAAAGGCGUUGACGCUGGGUGAAGAAGCUUCCCGUCAACGAGCUUAUGCCGCGCUGAAUAACCCUCAGGCGAAUGCAGGACCCGGCGGGUUUGGAGGUUCAACGAGAGGUAGUCGUGGUGGAUAUCACGGUGGACAUGGGCACGGACAACAACACGCCGGUUUCACCGUGGUAGAGCCUUCUUCGGCUAUGAACGGGGGUCGACGAGGAGGUUCUGCUAGCGGAAGAGGGAACAGGAGGCAGGAAAAGGAAGAACUCUGGAAGUCCAUCUGGGGUGACUCUGAUGAGGAGGACAACAACAACAACAACAACGAUAGCAAGGAGAAAGCCAAGAGCGAUGCCGACGACAAGUCGAAAUCAGGGUCACAGAACGGCUCUGCUACCAAACCUGUUGUCUCUGCAAAGUCUGCCGGCGUUCACGAUGAUGACGACUCGGACGAUCCGAAUCAACCGGGCGUCGUGGACAAGGAGAUCGAGCGUGAAUCCCGAGAUCGCACAGAUCCAGGGUUGAAGAAGAAGCUCGGAGUUGAAGAUUCGAUCUGGGCGCCGAAGAACAGGCAGGCUGCGGCGGGUUCGGUAGGAGGAAAGAAGGACCAGGGCGUUGGAAAGGAAACGGUGGAAAAGAAGGUGGAUGAUCUGGGUGCCAAGAUCCAGGCCGUCAAGAUCGAGGACAAGCCGACGACGGUAGCUACAGCAGAAGUACCUGCUCAGCCUGCCUUGGCCGCACCUAUAUCGACCCCCGCUGCACCUGCCGAACCGGUCAAACCUAAAACUCUGGAACCCAUCUCGCGUUUCCUGCAGACGGACCCUACGGAAUCUUCGGGGAUCAACUGGGCCGACGAUGAUGAGGAGGACGAGGUCGGCGGGUUCAUGGAGGAUGUCAUGGCCCAGUGGGGAAUGGGCGGUGCGGCUGCAGCGACAGAUAAAAAGGAGGAAGAGGAGAAGGUCGAGGAGGAAGUGACCGAUGCCGGGGCGGAUAGCGGGGUAGAGGAUGACAAGGAGCCAGAACGGAAGGUUGAACAGGAGCCGACGCUCGAACCGGUGGUGGAGGACCAGGAGAAGAAGGAAGACGUACGGCCCAAGGCGGCCAAAAUUCCCCUGGCCGAUCGGAUAGAUUGGGACCGACGGACGGCAGCCCCAGCCGUCAAUGAACCGCCUCGAGGUCCGAGUGCGGGAACGUCGUCCUGGAGAUCCGAAUCGAAUCAACACCACCAACACCCGCGUCACGAUGGAGCUCCACGGGGUGGACGGGGCAGAGGAGGGCAUUCAAGGCAGCAGUCUUUCGAUCACUCGGCAUCGCCGCAUCAUCAUGAUCGACAGGCUCGGGGCGGGAACGGAAGGCGGCCAACGGAGUUACUAUCCUUGCCGGACUCGCCCGUGACCCCGGCAUCGACGGCGAUUGUCACCCCGACACCGUCAAUGACGAGUGCAGACGAACAUCCGCCUAGAAAUAGAAAGGCCCAGGGUAACGACGUGGGCGUGGAAGCGCGAAAGACGAGGACGGAGAGGCCCAAGUUGGCCCUCCAGGAUUCGACGUUCAAACGGAUGACCCGAGGUCUGCUCGGUGGUCCAGGUGGACAGGGAGGAGCGAGACCAACCGAUGGCGGCAACAACAGCAAUAACCGGUUCGUAAGAAAACAGGACGGGCGACAAGCGCCUGCGUCGCCCGUCAUCCCGCUCGCACCCGUCGAGCCGUCGAUCGCGACGCCUACGGGGAUUCCGGACGAUUUCGGCGGUAACGACGAUGGUUGGAACGAGGUGAAACCGAAAGGGCGUAGUCAGAGGGGUAGGAAGAGGAAUGUGUGAGGCUUCCACGACAUGGAAGGAAUCAUCGCAGGACAAUGCUCGGCCCGCCGACGACAACAGGAGGACCCGGGUUCCGUUUACGUUUGGCUGCUCGAUGCUAGGUCAUUGCUUUGUCUGUAGUUUGUGCUUGCAUAUAGGUCAGGUUAUCUUACAGUAGUUGUGUUCGAUCUAUGUAGUG